ACUUUGGUGCCACCCUCACAGAUGAAAUGUGAGCCUGGGUGGUCAAGGACGCCAGAGAAGCUGCCUUUUGCUUGCCAGAGCCAGCACCUUUGGGCGGGACAAAACCCCAGCUGCCGCUCUGCCAGCCAAGGACCACUGGCGCCAGCUCCCCGCAGCUAACAGGCUUCUUCAGGGCUCUGGUUAGGGUCAUGGCCAGGCCUGCUCUGGACCCUGCUCUCGGCAGCACAGCCCUGUCCACCUAACAACCCAGUAUCCUCCUCUGCAGGGUUUCCUGGCUGCAGGGUUUCCUGGCCGUCCCUUUACUCCACCCUCUCUCAGGUCUACCCGUCUGUCCUACAGAGCAGCUUGGUGCCACCGGCUUGGAUGGACGUGCUGAGGCUGCCCCGGCGUCCUGGGGUCUUGCUUCCGAAGUUGGUUCUGCUCUUUGUCUACGCAGAGAAUUGCCUUGCUCAGUGCGGGAAAGACUGCAGGUCUUACUGCUGCGAUGGAAGCACCCCCUACUGUUGCUCCUACUAUGCCUACAUUGGAAACAUUCUUUCGGGCACUGCAAUUGCCGGUAUCGUGUUUGGAAUCGUGUUCAUCAUGGGAGUCAUUGCAGGAAUCGCCAUAUGUAUCUGCAUGUGCAUGAAGAAUAGCCGGGGGACCCGUGUGGGUGUCAUCAGAGCAGCCCACAUCAAUGCCAUCUCCUCUUAUCCUGUGGCGCCACCCCCCUAUACUUAUGACCACGAGAUGGAAUAUUGUACAGACUUGCCUCCACCAUACUCUCCGACCCCUCAAGCUUCAGCCCAGCGCUCCCCACCUCCUCCUUAUCCUGGAACUUCAAGGAAACAUUCCUCCUCCCACAACAGAAUAUGUGCUAAUUAGCAAUUUUUUGCCAGAACGGAAUGCCUUGAUUUAGUAACAUGUAAAGCAAAUGAUUGUCUACUGGUUAAGGACAGAUAAUAUCUCAGGCAGAAUGCCCAUGUGGAUACCAGGGUUUCUACCCUGCUCAGAGUUGACCCUACGUGUAGAUUUCUGCUUGGUUCUCUGCAGUCACAUAUUACAGGAUCUACUGAUCCACACAAGCACUAUCAGAUUAGAGCAAUGCGCUUGGCAGGCCCUCAGCUAAUCUUGCUGCUUUAGAACUACCUGAAGGAAAUUUUAACAUUGAACCUGGAAGAAAGAAGAAAAGAGGAUAGUCUGAAUUCUGUCAGGAAACAGGUGUAUUCCGUAUAGCUUUAGUAGAACAAUAAUUGCUCAUAAUUUUGUUUGUCCACACAUAAGCAUUAAGUGCCUUCAAGUCUAUUCUGUGUCGGCACCAUUAGAGGCACUGGAUGGAAGAAACCAGAAGGAACUUUUGGUUUUAGCACAGGCAUACCUCAUCUUGUUGCACUUUGCCCUUUUGCACUUUCCAGGUGUUGCAUUUUUUACACCAUGAAGGUUCAUGGUGACCUUGCACCAAACAAUAUCAUUCACCUAGCAGUAGGAGCUCACAUCCUAUCUUUGUAUCACAUUUGGUAAUUCUCACAAAAUUUCAAAUGCCAUUGUUGUUGUUAUUAUGUCUGCUAUGGUGAUCUGUGAUUGGCUAACAGUUGAUGCUGCCAUAGUAGUCUUCUGCUUUGUUUUGAACUCUGUCCCUAUAAGACAGCGAGCUUAGUACAUUCAUAAGUAUUGUGUGCACUGUGUCUGCUCCACUGAAAAACUCCUCCCCUUACCCUUUCUUUCUCCACCCUUCCCCUCUCUUUUCUGAGAACAGUAUUGAAAUUAGGCAUAUUAUUAAUCCAACAAUUAACUCUAAGUGUGGAAGCUAAAAGAAGAGGAAUGUAGCUCUUGCUUUAAACUCAAAGCUGGAAAUGAUUCAUCUCGGUGAGAAAGGCUUGGUCUGGGAUAGGCUGAAAGGUUGGUGUCUUAUACCAGUUCUAAACAUAAAUGGUAAACUAAGCUCCAAACAUAAAUGGGGAUUUCUUGAAGGAAACUAAACUUAUCUCUUUCCAAGCACGUGUAAAGAAAGAGACAGGUGACCCAUUGUUCAUAAGGAGGACUCUUUAGUGGUAUGGGUAGCAGAUCAAAACAUCCACAUUCCCUUAAGUCAUAAAGCUUAAUUCAGAGUUAGGACUGAACUCUCUUCCUCCUACAGAGGUGGGCAGGGGUGAAAAUGCUGUAAGAGAGAGAUUUGUAGGUCAAGAGAUCAGGUCCUGAAGUGAAGUAGAGGAGCUUCCUCUCCAACAGCAAAGUGUAGGCCUCAGCCUGUUCUCCCACAGACCAAGUUAGGAUUGCACAUAAAGAUAGUUACAAUAAAAUGAAGUCUAGAUGAAAGUAAAGGGCACUACUGUCGGUAGACAAGGCCUUUAGAACUUCCACACUCAGCAGAAAGAAGCCAUCCUAUCUCCAAAGCCUUGAAACAUAGGCUGCCUUUCUUGUUAGUGUCUACGACACAAAUGGCAACCUUCAGAUAAAGCCAAUACCCAAUGUUCAUUUACUAGACAAAAAUUCUUAAGAAUAUACUAAAUCUACUCAGUCUAUAUAUAGAACAAGCAAGUCAAUUUUCAAUGUAGUCUAAUGAAUAUUUUAAGCCAAGUGUUGGGAUUUACUGCUCAGGGGAAAACAAGAUUCAUUUCAAAAUGUUCCUACUCAUUGGCAAGGCACUGGUCAACCAAGAGCUCACAUGGAGAUGUAGAAGAGACAAAGAUGUUUUCAUGUUACUCAUGUUCAAGGCCUACUGUGUCCCAUAGACUAUGGGUAACUUCACGCUUCAAGCCUUACUACUUAAGAACUGUCUUUUAUAAGGUCAUAGCUGACAUAAAAAUGGGAUCUUCUGGAGGUUUGACAAAAUACAUUAGAGGCAUCCUGGAAAGAACUCGCCAUUGUACAAACCAUUAAAAUCAUCCAUGAUUCAUGAAAACAGAUCAGAAUGUCAAUAUUAAUAUUUAUCUGGAACAAGUUGCUUUUAACCCUCAUGCAUAAUUUUGGCAAUUUGAAGACUUUGGUGGAGGAAGAACCUACAGAUAUGGUAGAACCACAAAGGAGCCGAAUUAGAGAUAGAAUUUAAAGGUUUUUACUCAAUUACACCUUGUGAUAUCACUGCCAGAUGAACAAUUGCUCCUUAUGAGUGAGCCCUGAAAAGUGGUUUCUUUGGGUGAAAUAUACUCCUGGAGAAAGUGCUGUGGGCAGAGAUGACAUGAUAGUACAGGGUUGGCUUUUAAGUCAUUUGAUAAGUCAGCAGCAGAAUUGGAGAUGACUACUAAUUUGAAGGAAGAUACACUGUUUAUUAAAAGCUACCAAAGAGCAUCACAUGCUACAGAGAAGCCAUUUGUAGACAGCAGGCUUCACUGUCAUUUGAAGGAACUAACAGCCAUCCAGCUUCAGCAACCACCAGGCCUUUUAUCAGCCAUAAAAUAUUUUUAAUACAGGUGUAUACAAUACUUUGAAGAAACUUAAUAAAUGCAGUCUAAACAUAACUUUAAUGUGCGCUGGGAAAGCAGAAAGUGUUCUUUUGUGAAUUCUGUGAUUCUCUUGUGAAAUUUGCCUUACAAGAAACUCAGGCAGCUUCACUGGGGACAUGGAAGAAGUAUUGCUGAUAAGGGUAGAUGAUCAAACCAAUGCUGUCUCUAAGAUCCACCUGUAAAAAAUACAAACAGUUGCAGCAGGAUUAUUGUUGACUAUAAAUUUUGUGAAGAUCCCUGUCAUCCCAUUAAGAUUUCAAACAAAGUCUAGCUAUGCAGUAAAGAAAUAUUCUAGAAAGGAUUUCUAAAGAGCAGAUUAGUCCUUUCAACUUCAAUUUUUUUUUUGCUUAUGUUUUAGGAGGAUAUAAAAUGACCGGUUGUAUCUCCAGUAGAUUAAUCUUAUUCACUAAAUAAGAUUUGUGAAUCCACUAAAUAAUCUAAUUCAUUAAAUAAAAUAAAAGGUGCCCAACAGGUUCUGGGAGCUAAAAUCACCUUAAUUAUUACAAACCCCUCCUAAAAACCCCUUGGCUUUAGUCUUUAAUGUGAUGAAGUUGCUCUAACUGUGGAAUAAAUGUUGAGAACCAUGUUCCCAGAGAUUUUAUAUCAGUAAUAAAAUGCCAGAAUUUGACCAUAUACAACAGACUUUUUUAAAGGGGAAAAUAAAAUUUGAUUUCUUUCUAUAGAAAUAUGCUCAAAUGUAAUAGCCAAUUUUUUAUAUUUUAUAAACUUCAAAUAAUCUAUUCUUUUAGAAAAGUUACAUAAUUAAUGGAAAAAAUAAGGAGGCACCCUUAUCUUUUAUGCAAGUACAGAUUUUUAUGAAGUGCUUACCUUUGGAUGUAAAGGCAGUCAAUAAAUAAUUCAAAUGUGCUCUAGUCUACUGCCAGUGGCCUUAACAUUUGUAUUUUUAUGGCGGUCCUUCUGUGUAUGUUUAAACUGUUUGCUGAACACUGGGUAUAGAUGAUGAGACUUUUCUGUCUCUUUAAAAGGGAGCCUAAAACAUUUAAUACAAUAUCAUGAUUAUAAUUCAUUGACAUUCCAAAAUGACACUAAGAAACUUGACAAAUAACCAAAAGAAAUAGUUGGGGAAACACUAUGAGUGAGCAGUGGCUUUUAUUGUAACAAAUAUCUGUAUUAGAAAUGUGUUGAUCUGUCUGAACCUGGUCUGCAGUGAGGUAUUAAGGCUCGAUUUGUUUGGAAUGACUUGCUUGGCUUAGGCGAGGAUAAUCUUAGGAAGAUGAGAAGCCUUCAGGGGCUCCUGACUGUUCUGGUGAAAGGCUCCAUGUCUCGCAGGAAGUAUUAGCAUCGUGUUAACAGUCCACAAGCUUUAAUUUAUUUUUCCCAUGCAAAUGUGAUUAGUGUCUACUCUACAGCUAUAAUUCACAAUGCCAAACUCUCUGGGAUUUGAGCAUGUUGUUUGCAAAUGCACUACACGUUCCUAAGGAAAAAUGAAGAGGCAAGGCUGUUGAAAUGGAAUACUCAUCGACACGUUAAUGUAGAUCCACCCUGUGCCUCCUAUGGUCUGUAAGUAUUACCUGCCCAGAAACCAUUUCUGUCCACACCAUCUCUCUUCGAGUGGUUUAUGGCUUCCCCUAAGGUAUACCACAAGCCUAUACAUUUACAAUCGAUGAAGUAUUUUACUGUUUUUAUUUAGUGUUAUAAUACCAUAAACAAAUAUAUCAUUGAUGUUUAAAGUUCACUGAUGUAUAUGGAGGAAAACAAUAUUUGAUGUAAAAUUUCAGAUUAUAAUUAUUUAAAAACUAACAUUUGUCAUGGCUAAAUUGUUUAUUGUAAGGAAUAAAAUUAAAGAACUUAUUGUAGCAAGA